GGCCAAGGCCGGACGGUUCUGUACAACAGUCCACCCAGUGUCAGUGUCAUCUCACGCAGGCCGGCGCUUUUCCGUGCACCAUCCCAACGUUUGAAGAAGCGGCAACGGCAGCACACACGGAAGGAAGCGCUAAGGAUAAAGCCACUACGUUCUUUGAUUUGGAGUUGGAACGUACUUCCUUUGGGGACACAAAAGGAUUAGCCCACAUUAUCAAUUAGACACAAGAUAAGAUGAGUUGGUUGCCAGGACUACUCUUCCUGCUGCUGGCCUCAGUCUACACGACCAGAGGCCAAAACGACUCGGACGCGGACGUGGUGGAGGGCCCGGACAAAGCACCGGCACCACCACCGAGUGCCCUCGACGACUGUGAUCCGGAAUUGAUCGGCUUCGAACUGAUUACCGGUUACGUGUUUUCGGCGCCCGGCAACGUACUGGACAAUAUUCCGGGCACUUUGAUGCUCACCGACUGUCUCGAGACCUGUCAGGGGAACGACUCCUGUCAGUCCGUCAACUACGAGACCGGAUUGUGUGUACUCUUCAGCUCCAACGCCGACGUCCUACCUGGAGCGCUGACCAAGUCGCAGUUCCCGGUGUUCACCAUCUACGCACAAAAGAACUGCCUCGGGGUGAAGCCUUGCGAGAGGGCCUGGUGCAUAGAUCGCGUGCAAAACUACAGGCUAGCCGGUUAUGCAAAAAGUCGACAGGCAGUCAGCACACGCCAGGAAUGUUUGGAGAUGUGCCUCGGAGAGACCGAGUUCGCUUGCAGAUCUGCCAACUAUAACAACGCGACUGGAGACUGUGAGCUUUCAACGAUGGACCGUAUUACCUUAGCAGGAAGCAACGCUUUCCAGGCCGCCGACGGUUACGAUUACAUGGAGAACAACUGCGUGGAGGAGCCCACCAAGCUGUGCGAGUUCAAGAAGCUGAACGGCAUGAUCCUGAAAACGGUCGACUCGGUGUACCAGGACGUGGGCUCGGUGGACGAGUGCAGAGAGCUUUGCCUGAACUCCCCGUACAGAUGCCACUCGUACGACUACGGCGACACCGGCGAAAUGGUCUGCCGUCUCAGCCACCACUCGCGUGCCACCUUGGCGGACAUACAGGACCCCUAUUUGGAUGUGAAGGAGGCGGCCACCUACGAACUGAGCUCCUGCUACAACGUAACGAUCGACUGCCGUUCCGGCGACAUGGUGGCAAGGAUCCAGACCAGCAAAAUCUUCGACGGCAAGAUCUACGCCAAGGGCAGCCCCAACUCGUGCGUCAGGGACGUGAACAACAGCCUGGAGUUCGAGCUGAGCAUGGCCUACGACAACUUGGAGUGCAACGUGAGGAAGAACGGGCUGGGGCGUUACAUCAACGACGUGGUCAUCCAACACCACGAUAAAAUCGUCACCAGCUCCGACCUGGGGUUGGCUGUGACCUGUCAGUACGACCUGACCAACAAGAGCGUCACCAACGAGGUGGACCUGGGAGUGCACGGCGACAUUCAACCCGCUCUGUCCGAGGAAGUGACAGUUGACUCGCCCAACGUGGCAAUGAAGAUCACCGACAGGAACGGCGGAGAGGUAAUGCCGUCCGCCGAAGUUGGAGAUCCUCUGGCGCUGAAAUUCGAAAUCCUCGACAAGAACAGCCCCUACGAAAUCUUCGUCAGGGAGCUGGUGGCCAUGGACGGAGUGGACAACAGCGAAAUCGUCCUCAUCGACUCCAGCGGUUGCCCAACUGACCACUUCAUCAUGGGCCCCAUUUACAAAUCGGCAGAAACCGGAAAGAUACUCUUAUCCCACUUCGACGCCUUCAAGUUCCCCUCAUCCGAGGUGGUCCAGUUCCGCGCCCUCGUCACCCCGUGCAUGCCGACCUGCGAGCCCGUCCAAUGCGACCAGGAGGAAUCAAGCGGCGAACUCCGUUCCGUCAUCUCGUUCGGUCGCAGGAAGCGUCGCUCCACCACCGACCCGCACGACGACAUGCUCCUCGUCCAGUCCAUCCAGAUCACCGACAAGUUCGGCUUCGACCGCAGCCUGAACAAGACCGACAUCGGCAGCGAGGCCGUGUUCAUACCGAACGGCGACCCGGGCCUGUGCAUCAACGUGGCCGGCCUCAUCGUCGCCGCCACCGUCUUCCUGAGCGCCCAGCUCGCCAUCAUCGCCGGCUGGACGUUCAUCUACCAGAGAAGGAAACUGAGCAGCAAGCUGAACGGCGACGCCAUGUCGGUCAGCGUCAGCAUGCCCUCCGGCUUGAGCACGUCCCGCACCGACAGCCUCUGCAAGCUGUACGACGCCGGCUACAACGCGCACCCACGUCGAUUUUAAGGCCCUAGUUACGAAUUGCAACAUAGUUAUGGAAUGCCGAUUUACGAAUUUCAAGACCGACGCGUGUGAUAUUAUUAAUUUUGUAAUUUAUAGUAAACCACCCCCCCGCCCCAAUACACACAUUGAAUCAUGAACGCUUGUCCAAUUUAAGGGUUAAAUUAAGUAUUUUGCAGGCUGAAAUUCGCGCGUAACACAUACCUGUAAUGCGUAGUGGUUUUAGUGCAAUGUUGGCAUCGCUUAAGACUUGACAUACCACCCCAUCAUCAUCCCCUAAAAAUUUCCUUUCAUUUUUAUUUAGCUAAUCAAUUGUUUAUUUAUUUGUUUUUUGAGCAUGGAAGGUUGGGUCGCAAGGCGAUAUUGCACACACUUCUUAGUAACAAAAAAAAAAUAUAUUUUUCUACUUUUUUAUAUACCGGACGUACGAUUAAGGUGUGUCAACGACGUUUUAGGAUAAUACUCGUUUAGAUAAUAAUUAAUAUAUCUCCUUAAGCUUAUGUAACGUUAUUAAUACUCAAAUGUGCCUACGACUUUAUUAUUAUUAUUAUUAUUAUAAUUAUUAUUAUUAUUACUACUACUACUACUACUACUAUUAUUAUAAUAAUUAUUUUGUCUGUUUCUAACAUGUUGCAAAUCCAGCUUGUGGUUCAGGUUAGCGUACUUAAUUAAUUAAUAAACUGCAAUCAAGUAACGUUACUAGUGGUUAGUACUAGACGGGUGCCCAGGGCAACUACAAGGACUCCAGGACGAUCUAGCGAGAAAGGAUGUGUGCGUAAAUCCCUUAAAUAAUUAGGUGUGACUGAUUGACGGACGGAUGCUUAUUUAAAACUGCUUGUCCUCGUUUCCUGUGUGCCAGUGUAUUGCUUUGCCGUUCUGUUAAUUUCCCGCAAAGUUAUCCACACCCAACGGGCACCCGCAACAUAAUUUAACAAUACCAUAUAAUUAUUGUUUUUAGGCAAUUAUAAUUUUAUUUUAUAAGUUAUUCUCUAUGCUGAUGUGUUUUGAAAAACGGACCUAAUUUUUCAAAAUAAAAUA